UUUGCGCUAAAUAUAAACAUUUAUUGAAACAUCGCAUUUAUUUUGACUGAAAAAAAUGAAAUGUGUUGUGCCCAACUGCAGAAACGCUUUUGUAGGUAGGGCCAAGCGGGAUUCAGAACAGCAGCAGCCUAUUGGUUUCUUCAGUUUCCCCAAGUGCCCGGAAACUUUCAAACUUUGGGCUGCUUUUUGCGGUUACGAAAAUGCUCCCAAAAUAAAGAAUCCCUACAUUUGUAUCGAGCACUUCAAGCAGGAAGAUAUAGAGGGAUCUCUCAAAUUCGAAAUGGGACUUGCCAAAAAACGAACCUUGCGGCCUGGUGCUGUGCCUUGCAUUAAAAAUGUUAAUAAAAGUGCCUCUGAAAGAGCACACCUAGAAGGCAUUCAACGGCGCGAGAACAAGCGACUGGUGGACGAGCUCCUGGCGGAGGACGAGACCAAGGGCUUUAUAGCCGGCGAUGUUGAGCCAACACCUCCACAGGAAGAAGAUGACCUUUUUGAGGAUGCCUUUCCGGAUUAUGAUCCCCUGAUCCAUGAGGCAAAGAUUAGGUGUCGCAUCUGCUACCAGGAUCUGAUCAAUGACUCUUCUGCCAAAGAUCUCUUCGAUGAGGCCAACAGCAUCCUGCUUUUUCACAUAGAAGUCAUCAGCGGUGUCUGGAUUAGCCAACUGGAAGGAGAACCUCAUAUUAUUUGCCAAACGUGCCAAUCGUCACUGCAUAAUGCCAUUGAAUUCCGAGAAAUGUGCGUAAACACGGAGCUGAGGAUCUCCCAAGCAGUGCCCGAAAUUGAAGUAACUGCUAUCGCAUCUGAAGAUGUGGAAGAAGAAUCCAUUCCCCCAGAGCCCGACCUUAUCACAAGCUUGGACGAUCAAGUGAAUGAUCAGCAAGAGCCUCUUAGCCCGGAAGUCACAGCAGAGCCUCCGCUAAAGGGAAAGCCCAAAGAAGAACCUACAGAAUCUGCGUCCCAAGACCCACUUAGUGUAAAUCUGGGAUCCAGGAUUUUCAAGGAACUAAUCGACCAAUACACGGGUCAGGAGAAAACGAGAAACAGAACAAAAACGGGAGAUCCGUCUCAGAAAACGACAAAACCUCCGACCAAACCACGGAAAACGUUAGUCCGUGAACCGAAACCAAGAAGAAGGGCCAAUCCAAAGACCAAGGAGGAGAGGAAUCUCAUACGGCGUGCCCAACUUCGCGCCAAGCCGCCCAAUUUUGUGUGUGAUCAGUGCGGCCAGGCCUUCCGCAUGGCGCACAAUCUUCGAAUCCAUCAACUGCGCCACACCCGCACGAAGAACUUUCAGUGCCCCGAGUGUCCGAUGGCAUUCUAUGACGCCUACAUGCGCAAUAUCCAUGUCCGGGUACGCCAUCGCGGAGAGACUCCCUAUUCAUGCCGCCACUGCACUGAAACUUUCGCCUAUGCGGGAGCUCGUCAAAAGCACGAAAGCGAAGUCCACGGAGCUCCACCACGGAUGAUUGUCCAGCGCAUUAAUCCGAAACCUAUGCCACGUAACGAUGCGCGCCACUACUGCCAGUUUUGUCACAAAAGCUACGCCUCCCAAUAUUCCCUCCGUUGGCACUUGAAAACCCACACGGACGGCCUAAUCUACAAAUGCGGGCGGUGCGAGAAGAGCUUUAAUGAUCCUGCGAAGCUGAAACGCCAUGAGAUGAGUCACGAGAAGAGGCCGCUGCAGUGCGAUGUCUGCCUGAAGGGAUUCUACCAGCGAACGCGGCUGAAGGAGCACGAACUAAUACACACCGGCGAGCGUCCCUACUGGUGCGAGAUCUGCAAUGUAAACUUUCGGUACAAAUACAACAUGAAAACCCAUGCCAAUACCAAAAUGCACCAGGACAAUCUGCAUAAAAAGAAGUCUAUUAGUGAAUUAGUCGUUGAAUAAAAAUGUGGUUGACUGUUUUUUAUGUA